AUGUACUCGAAAGGUCGGCUUGCCUCUGGCGCAGCUAUAUUGACCUUCUUCCUUUCCAGCGCCUCUGCUUUCUACUUACCGGGCGUUGCGCCAACCACAUACAAGGCCAAUGACAAGGUCGAACUCAAUGUCAACCAUCUCACACCAGCACUGUCUGACAAGGAUUCCCAACUACAUUCGGUCUUCUCCUUCGACUACUAUCAUCCCGCGUUCCGAUUUUGCAGGCCCGCAGAUGGACCAAGAGAUGUAUCAGAGUCACUGGGAAGCAUAUUGUUCGGAGAUCGGAUACUUACUUCGCCUUUUGAGCUGAAAAUGAUGGAAAAUGAGACCUGCAAGGCUUUAUGCGAGGAACAAAAGUUUGAUCAACGAAGCGCAAAAUUUGUGAACAGGAGAAUAGUGCAGAAUUACAAUCUCAAUUGGUUGAUUGAUGGCCUUCCAGCUGGGCAGCCAUACACAGACCCUUCGACGAACACGGACUUCACCCUCCGAGGAUUCCCUCUUGGGAUGGUGGAUAAGGAUAAGAAAGCAGUGCUGAACAACCACUUCGAUAUUGUGAUUGAUUACCAUGAAGCUGGCAGCGACAAGUACAGAGUUGUUGGCGUUCUGGUGAUCCCAUCCUCAAGGAGUGGAUCUAAAAGCUUGGGUAGUGGAAAGGGAGAUUGUGGUAACCCAGAACAGCACCUUUUGCUCGAUGAGAAUGGAGACACCUCUGUCACUUGGACCUAUGGCGUAUACUGGCGCGAGUCGAAGACUGCAUGGGCCACUCGAUGGGAUAGCUAUCUUCACGUCUUCGAUCCGAGGAUUCACUGGUUUUCGUUGGUGAACUCAGCGGUUAUUGUGGUCUUCCUUUGCGGUAUGGUUGGAGCUAUCCUCGUGCGAGCACUGAAAAAAGACAUUGCCCGAUACAACAGACUCGACUCAUUCAAUCUGGAUGAUCUCUCAGGCACGAAUGGCGACGCCGAAAAUGACAUCCAAGAAGAUUCAGGCUGGAAGCUGGUACAUGGAGACGUUUUUCGGACGCCCAAGAACCCUUUGCUAUUGAGUAUCUUCCUGGGCAACGGCUCUCAGCUUUUCGUCAUGGUCGGUACUACCAUCACAUUCGCCCUUCUCGGUUUUCUUUCUCCCUCGAACCGUGGGUCUCUCGGUACCGUCAUGAUUCUACUCUACACAGUCUUCGGCGUCAUUGGUGGCUACGUCUCCGCGCGCGUCUACAAGUCGUUCGGCGGCGAGAAGUGGAAGCAAAAUAUUGCCAUGACGCCCGUCAUGAUUCCUGGAAUUGUCUUCGCCACUUUCUUCAUGCUCAACCUCUUCCUGUGGGCCAAACGAUCGAGUGGCGCGGUACCGUUCACGACCAUGCUCGUGAUUCUGGGUAUUUGGUUUGUCAUUAGUGUCCCUCUCAGCUUCGCAGGUAGCUGGAUAGGCUUCAGGCAUGCUCCCGUCCAGCCUCCUGUCCGCGUCAAUCAAAUCCCCCGCCAAAUUCCUCCCUCAACCACUUACCUCCGGCCCAUCCCUUCCAUGCUCCUCGUCGGCAUUCUCCCCUUCGGCGCCAUCUUCGUUGAGCUAUACUUCAUCAUGAACAACAUGUGGUUUGGCAAGGUAUACUACAUGUUCGGUUUCCUCUUUCUCUGCUACGGCAUUAUGAUAAUCACCUGCGCCGCCGUUACGGUCUUGCUCGUCUACUUCUUACUUUGUAGUGAGAACUAUCAUUGGCAAUGGAGAGCUUUCUGUACGGCUGGAGCAAGCGCGUUCUAUGUGUUCGCCAAUGCGCUGCUAUACUGGAUUAGCAAGCUGAGCUUCGGGAGCUUCACGUCCGGGGUGCUCUAUGUGGGGUAUAGUCUGUUGAUCAGCUUCCUGUUCUUCAUUUUGACUGGAACUAUCGGCUUCUUCUCGAGUUGGGUAUUCGUGCAAAGAAUUUAUGGAUCUAUCAAAAUUGACUGA